GCGUUUCCGCGUCCUCCCUGGGCAGCGUUUGAUCCGAGAGCGGCCCGGGUCCCCCGGAACGGCCCCGGUACCGCCCCGGAACCUCCCCGGAACCUCCCCGGAACCGCGCCGGGUUUCUCCGGAACAGCCGCGGCUCUGCCUCCGGACUCUCCUGCGGCUUGGCCUGGCUCGGGCCGCUCCCGGCCCGGCCCGGUCCGGCGCGGGGCUCGGCGGGGCCGGCCGGGGAUGCCGCGGCGCGGCCUGCGCCAUGUGGUACAUCAUGCAGAGCAUCCAGAGCAAGUACUCGCUGUCCGAGCGCCUUAUCCGCACCAUCGCCGCCAUCCGCUCCUUUCCCCGGGACAACGUGGAGGAUCUCAUCGGCCGGGUGAGGGGCAGUUCCUGACCGGCGGGGUUUCUUGUGUUCCCCAGGGCGCCGAUGUGAACUGCUUGCAUGGCACCCUCAAACCCCUGCACUGUGCCUGCAUGGUGGCUGAUGCUGACUGCGUGGAGCUGCUGCUGCAAAAAGGAGCCGAGGUGAACGCACUGGAUGGUUACAACCGCACAGCCCUUCACUACGCAGCAGAAAAAGACGAAACCUGCGUGGAGAUUUUAUUGGAGUACGGAGCCAACCCCAACGCCCUGGACGGCAACAAGGACACGCCGCUGCACUGGGCAGCCUUCAAGAACAACGCCGAGUGUGUACGAGCCCUGCUGGCCAACGGCGCCUUGGUCAACGCCCUGGACUACAACAACGACACCCCUCUGAGCUGGGCGGCCAUGAAGGGCAACCUGGAGAGCGUCAGCGUCCUGCUGGACUUCGGCGCCGAGGUGCGCGUGGUCAACCUGAAGGGCCAGAGCCCCAUCUCGCGCCUAGUGGCGCUGCUGGUGCGGGGCCUGGGCACGGAGCGUGAGGAUUCCUGCCUGGAUUUGCUGCACAGAGCCACGGGACACUUCGAGCUGCGCAAGAACGGGAGCCUGCCCUGGGAGGUGGCGCGGGACCCGCAGCUGUGCCAGCGGCUGACGCUGCUGUGCUCGGCGCCGGGCACGCUGCAGGCGCUGUCGCGCUACGCCGUGCGCCGCUCGCUGGGCCUGCGCUUCCUGCCCCAGGCUGUGCAGCAGCUGCCACUGCCCACCUGCCUCAAGGAGUACCUGCUGCUGCUCACCUGAGAGGGGGACGCCCACCCUUGCCCCGCAUCGCCCCUCCCUCCUGGGAGAGGUUCCCUGCUCACUUCGCCACUUGCCAGGUUCUUCUCCGUGGUUCUUGUUCCUCUCCGGCCCCUCACACUGCCUCCAUUUCCUGCCUCUGUGCCUUCCAUUUUGUCCUCUCCGUUUCUCCUCCCUGUCCUGUCACACUCCCUCCAUUUCCUCCUCUCUAUCCCCUCCGUUUCUCUCCCUGUCCACCUCUUUCACCUUCCUGCAAUGAACAAUCCCCCUCUGAUGGCAAAUUAUAUCCCAGCUGUUGGAUUAA